UUGGAGAUUGCUUGCUGUAGUGUUGAUCUUUUAGUAAUGGUGUAUACAGUCUUGUCUUGAUUAGGGUUUUGGAUUAGACUGUGUUUUGUGUUAUUAUUACUACCGUAUUACUUAUUCUUUCAUCAGUUUGUGUUUUUCUUGUUGGUGUCAAUAUUCAAUUGUAAUGAGUAUAUAAUUAGAGGUUAUAUGAGUGUUUCUACUCAUCCUAUAAUCAUUGUUUAUAAUUAGUCUCAGUUUUGCUUUACUUACAUUUUACUGAACAAAAACAUACCAAAAGACACUAUUAUAUUGUAAAAUAUGAACAGGAAUACUGAUAACAAGAGAGAAGCAGAUGCUCCAGCAGAGCUGGAAAGCCAGUUCAUCUUAAGGUUACCUCCAGAACCUGCCAAGGCACUACGUGAAGCUUUAAGGAGUGGUGUUACCAGUCUGAAAGACAGGCUGACAAUUAAAAUUGAAAAUGAUAUGCGGUAUGGUGAAGUCAGAGUUGAUCACUGGCUCAUGCAUGCUAAGGUUUUAGACCUUCCCACAAUAAUAGAAUCACUUAAGACCAUUGAUAAGAAGAGCUUUUACAAAACUGCUGAUAUUUGUCAAAUAGUAAUAUGCAAGGAAGAAGAUGAUCAUACAACAACUGAUGAUGAAUCUCCAGCUAAACAAAAGAAAAAGGACCCAAAUAAAGUUGAAAAAAAAUUUCUUUGGCCACAUGGUAUCACACCACCACUAAAAAAUGUGAGAAAGCGCCGUUUUAGAAAGACUCUAAAGAAAAAGUAUGUUGAAGCUCCUGAGAUAGAGAAAGAGGUAAAACGUCUACUUAGGGGAGACAAUGAAGCAGUAAAUGUGAGAUGGGAGGUUAUCAAUGAGGAGGAUGAGAAGAAGGCAAAUGCAGGAGGCACCACAGUGAAGGAGGAACCGCUGGCUCAUGGGGUGGCUAACAACCCAGAUACUUCCCUCAGCAACCAGCAUAGUGUGGAUGUUGCUGAACAUGAUAUAUUUGGAGAAGCAGUCAGUGACUCUGAAGAUGAAGAUCAGAACAUUAACAUUUUGGAACUAGAAGAAGAAAAUAGUCGGCUUACUGCUGACGACAGUCGCAUGUCUGAUUCAGCUUCUUUACAUGGAACACAAUCAUCAGAUCAACAACAGAACUCGCAUACAAACAGCCUAGUCACUGAAUUCAGUAAAGAAAUGUUUAGUCCUCAAGACAUGAAAGUUGAAGAGUCUGAAGGAGCUGCAGAGAACAUAAGUUAUGGCUACGAUGUGUUUAAGGCAGAGUUGAACAGUCCAGGUCAACAAUACUCUUCACCAACACACCAAAUGUCAACUGGUGAAAUACGAGCUAGAAUGGAAAAUUUACAACAACAGCUGUCAGACUUGAAGGUCAGGAGGCAUCAGCAAGAGCUUGAAAUAGCAAAUAUUGAGAACUACGCUUUACGGCAGAGAUUUCAAGACAUUCUUGAUAAUUUACUGCAGGAGCAGCUUGAUAAAGAACAGGAGUACCAAGAGUUGUCCUCACUACUGCAAAUGAGUUAAGAGGUGUUGAUGUAGAAUUGAGAUAUACAACACUAUUGGGAGAAUUUACCUGAGCGAAGAGUAAUUGAAUAUGAUUAAAUAACUAGUUCAAGUUCAUGACUUAUAUACCAUAUAUUUAAGAAAUGUUCAGUGUAACUUCCAACUUCAUAAGUGUAUUCUAGUUACAAAAUCAGUUGAUUACCAACUAAGUUGAUGGUUUUUGGUUAUAUACAAUCUCUUAAUAAUGUCUCUUUAUAAUGAAUAUAUUUUGUUUGGUUUUGUAUAAAACUAUUUAUAGA